UUCACAAUCUAAACGGAUUACUACAACAAACCAAAGUAUCGGGGUUUCAAUUCUCUCUUCUUAUGCACAUUUCCCCACGUGGUGGCGCCUACGGGGGCCUCUGAUGCAAGCAAGUGCAUGGACGAACUGACUUCACUCUAUCAAGUGACACAAUCUAGUAACGAUGGUGUUAAUUUGGAGUUAUAAUGUACAGUUUUUUACAAUUUUCUGUUUGUUUACAUUUUGGAGUUCUUCGACUUAUGGGAGUGAACCAAAUUUCGGUAUAAUUCCAACUCCAAAUUUGUUAAACCAUCGAUUUGGACCACAGAAAAUAACGUUUCCAGAACCAGUAGCAGCUGAUAAAUACCAUUUUUUAUUUGAAGCAACUUUACCACUACCAAGAAAACCAUACCCUGGAAAAGAUUUAAAAUAUAAGCAGUAUUUUUAUAAACCAAAACCGAUUUUCGGGUACAACUAUCGAAAAUUAUAUAACACACCAGCGAGAAUUCCCUUCUUUCCGCCUUACGUCCACAAAGGAUCUUUGUAUCAUUUAACCCAAAACGUUUUGAAACAAACCCAAGUUAAUCAAGAUAAUAAAUACAACGAGGAGCUCCACGACCCAGGAAUUAAACCAGUUGUUGAGAAUAUAAAAGAUGACAUAAAAUACGAUUUCAGAACGAAAAUGCAUUAUUAUGAAAGGUGAAUGUAAUGGUACUUUUAAGUUUUUCUAGUCUGUUACGUUUUAAUUUCGUAAAAUAAAGCAAUCGAUUAAUUGCCUAA